AUGAGAGUAGUGCAAUUCAAAUCUGUCGAUGACAAAGCUCUCGACUGGGAAGUGGAGAUCGUCGCUGUCAUCGGCAAAACAGCGCGACAAGUGACAGCCGCCGACGCCAUGGACCACGUGUUCGGCUUCACGGCCACCCAGGACCUCACUGCCAAAGACUGGGCGGCACGAAAUGGCGGCCAGCUGGUCAUGUCGAAGAACUUCGACGCGUUCUGCCCGCUGGGACCGUGCGUAGUCACGAAAGAGGAGUUUGGCGAUCUGAGGGACGUCAGGCUGAGGACGUGGGUCAAUGGGGAGUUGAAGCAGGACGGCAACUCGGCGAAUAUGGUGCACGGAGUGCCGCAAAUCAUCGAAUAUCUCACGAGGUUGGUAUUGGAACCAUUCAUGGAACAGUAUAGUCGCGAGAAUCCGACCCCGUGA